GUGUGUGUGUCAAGCUGUUGUCACGAAUAUGCUCAGAAGUGGAAGACCGCGACGACAGGCGGACAGACGACGCCUUCGGAUCAUCAAGGUUUGGUCAGCCCUGGCGAGGGCGCAAGUCUAGCCCUGGAAGGGGUUCAAAUCAGACUUGUGAGUCUUGGAAGACGUGUGUGGGAGAGAAAUUACGGCAGGCGAGGGAGAGAAGCGAGAACAGGACGGAGGGGGGAACGAAGCAAUUAGAGGACCACGCAGCGGACCUCAUCUCAAGGUCCGCCCGCACUGGCCCAUGCGACAUGCGAAGCAGCCGAAUUCAACUCCGCCGAAGCUGCAACAGCCUUCGCAGCACGCAACCGUCGCAGCAUCGUCGCAGCUUCCGUAUCACUCAAGGAUGUCCGAGGGCCGAGAAAGGGUGGGAGAAAAGGGCCCGCAAGAUCGACAGGUCGUCAUGCAACGUCUUUUUGUCACCCUUUGGUGGCAUCCUUUGUGAUCGACGUUUGUCGUUGCUGCUUCCUCGUCAUGGCUCUUCUGUCUCUCUUGUCAAUCCCUUCCAGCAGCGCCUUCUCUUCCUCUGCCUCUGCCUCGGCACCACCAUCUCGCGCUCAACAUCUACGCCAUUAAAGCGCAUCAACUUCAUCUUGGCUGUCACAUUGGCAGCGCGGCGCAUCAUCGGCCAUCCUCACGCACGCACGCACCCUCAGGGACGACGCAUCUGGACGCAGCAGAGCAGAAGCAGAAGCGGCGGCAGCAGCAGCAGCAGCCGUCUUGACGAAAGCAAACACGACGCGACUGUGCAGGCGACAGGUCCCUUUGAUCCUUCAGCCCACUGUGACUCGUCUCGCCUCGUACUCGUCUGUUCUCGAGCACAAGGCCAGGAAGGAAAGCAAAGCAACGCAUCGCGUCGUUGUCGUCGUCGUCGUCAUCGUCGUCGCCGCCUUCAUCAGGGUCUCGGCCCGAAUUAUUGACAAGGCAGCGGGCAUAGAAGCGCUCGAGCUUGUGUUGCAGCGCUUUUCCCCUCUUCUUUCUUUCAAUCGU